GAGUCAGACAGGGGAGGGAAUGGGGAGGCGGAAGUGACGCAAGGGCCCGAGCGCCCCGGCCAUGGCGGCGGCGGGAGCGGUGGCAGUGGCGGCGGGAGCAGGGUCUUGAGUGGGAGGGACCGGGGACUGAGUGAGCUUGGCCCGGGAGAUCUCGGGGGUGGUGGUCGACUCCUUGUCACCAUGGCGACACCAGCGAAUGCACAGAGCGCCAGCAAAACGUGGGAACUGAGUCUCUAUGAGCUGCAUCGGACCCCACAGGAAGCCAUUAUGGAUGGCACAGAAAUCGCUGUUUCCCCUCGAUCCCUGCAUUCAGAACUCAUGUGCCCAAUCUGUCUGGACAUGCUGAAGAAUACAAUGACUACAAAAGAGUGUCUCCAUCGCUUUUGCUCUGACUGCAUCGUCACUGCUCUUCGAAGCGGGAACAAGGAGUGCCCCACUUGUAGGAAGAAGCUAGUGUCAAAAAGGUCUCUUCGGCCUGAUCCAAACUUCGAUGCACUGAUUUCCAAGAUUUACCCUAGUCGAGAGGAGUAUGAAGCACAUCAGGACCGGGUCCUCAUCCGACUUAGCCGCCUUCACAACCAGCAAGCACUGAGCUCCAGCAUUGAGGAGGGCCUCCGAAUGCAGGCAAUGCACAGGGCCCAGCGUGUAAGGAGGCCAAUGCCAGAGUCAGACCAGACUACAACAAUGAGUGGUGGGGAGGGAGAGCCUGGUGAGGGAGAGGGAGAUGGGGAUGGAGAAGAUGUUAGCUCAGACUCAGCCCCGGACUCCACUCCUGGACCUGCCCCCAAACGACCCCGACCAGGGGUUGUGGGAAGUAGCAGUGGAGGGACAGGGGGAGGGGCUACUGGAGGAAUGGGUGGGGGAGCAGGCUCUGAAGAUUCUGGAGACCGUGGUGCUCCCCUGGGUGGGGGGACCCUGGGUCCACCAAGCCCACCUGGGGCCCCCAGUCCUCCUGAGCCAGGAGGAGAGAUUGAGCUUGUGUUCCGGCCCCAUCCUCUGCUGGUUGAAAAAGGAGAAUACAGUCAGACAAGGUAUGUGAAGACAACAGGGAAUGCCACAGUUGACCACCUCUCCAAGUACUUAGCUCUAAGGAUUGCACUUGAGCGGAGGCAGCAACAAGAGGCUGGAGAGCCUGGGGCACCAGGUGGAGGAGUCCCAGAAGCUGGAGGACCUGAGGGAGGUGGGGGGGAGGCACCAGGAACUGGAGGAACUGAUGGCCCAGAGGAGCCAGCCUUGCCCAGCCUGGAGGGUGUCAGUGAGAAGCAGUACACCAUCUACAUCGCACCUGGGGGAGGAGCUUUCACGGUGAGAGGAUGGAAGGGAAUGAUUGUGGGGGAGGAAUUGGGGACAGGAGAAGAGUUUAAGAUAAAAUAUGUUCCAUCCACCCUGCCACUAAUCAAUUUUUCUGUCCACUGUUCUCUCACUUUUCUCCUUGUCCUCCCAUUUAUCUCCUAUCACUUUCCUUUUAUUCUUAUUUUCCUUCCAUCCUUCUCCUGAUAUACUUGCAUAUUUUUCUUCAUAUCUCUUUUCUGUUACCUUUUUUUUUUCUUUUCUCCCUACUGAUACCAAUCUUUUCUCCCCUUUACCUUCUUUCUGGUUUAUUCCAUAUCCCCAGACCCUGAAUGGCUCACUGACCCUGGAGUUGGUGAAUGAGAAGUUCUGGAAGGUGUCCAGACCCCUGGAGCUGUGCUAUGCCCCCACUAAGGACCCCAAGUGACCCAAGGGGAUGUGGGUCAUAGGGCUUCUGUGUGUAUGUCCUAAGUCUGCCUCCAGAUCUGUGCCCCAACUCCCAACCCCCACCCUGCCCGGCGGGCCGGCGAGAGGACACCGAUGAGGACAAGUGGCUUUUAUACAAAGUGUCUAUAUCAGAUUCUUCUAUAUUGUACAGAGUGGGGUGUGCAUCCCCAACUCCUUCCUUUUCUACUCACCAGUCACCUCCCUUCUGUAAUGGGGAAGUCGUGGAGGGAGGAAAUCCCCCCCUUUACCCCAACAACAACGCAUUUGCUUUUUUUUCUUCCAAA